AUGUCUGAUAUACGAAACAGUUUAUGGGCACAUCCACCCUUACCACCUGGCAAACGAAUAUUAGAUCGUUCAAGCUCUGAAGACAGAAAAUCAACUUUUGGAUUUAUGCGAAAAUUUCCAUCCGUCCGGCGCAAUAGCAAAAAAGAGAGCAUGAUGGAUACAACUUAUGAGAGUUUCGACAGUCUAUUCGAAGACAACGAUAUUGUUUUAGUCGAAACCGAAUAUGUUGAAGAUUCCAGUAAGAUCAGAAGACCAUUUACGUCAAUGUUCAGAAGCCGAUCUGAUGGAAAUUUAGCUGGGUCUUCAAUAAGUGGUUCGAUUUUGUCUCACGAGUCUACAGAACCAAAGGGGUUUACCAAGUAUCUGAGAGCGCUGAGUGGAAGUUGGAAAAAUUUAUUGAAUAUUAGCAGUAUGAACAAAACUCAGAAAAAUGUUCCUCAAGUAAAGAAAGUCCCUCCACCAGCCAUUCCGGAUUCAGUUGCAUGCCGACAUUCAGGUAGUAGUUUUGGAUCAACAGGAUAUAGUAGCUCCAGCGAUGAUGCAUUUCUAGAUCCAAAUACUUGUAUCAAACCAGAUAUCUACGAUGGAUCAGAUACUUAUUGUCCAAUUGGAAAUAAAUCACCAUCGUCACAAUUCAAUCAUCCAGCUUUCACAUUUCCAGGAUCUACUUCGUAUUCUCACCCCAGUGGAAAUAUGAAGAUGUAUUACCACCAAUUGUCACUUCAGGAAGAUCAGGGAAUUGAUAUGACUCAAAGUCCUGGUCGUGAUAGUCCUGGUUCAUCUGGUUCUGGUUCAGGAUCUCGUCACUCAACGGCAAGUUUAGAUAGUGGUCGUGCUUCAGGGUGUCAUCUCCGAGGAAACACUCAUUGGCAUCCAGAACUUAGUCCGUCUACUAGGGUGGAAAGACUUCUAAAUCAAGGGGUUCCAGAUAAAGAUAUAAUGUACAGUUGGUUAGUUGAUCUCCAUCUAGAAGAAUAUUUACCAUUGUUCAUAUCUGCUGGAUAUGAUAUGAGAACAGUUUCAAAAAUGACACCAGAAGAUUUAACUGCUAUUGGUGUAAAGAAACCUAAUCAUAGAAAGAAAUUAAAAGCAGAAAUUGGCUUAUUAAAUAUAUCUGAUGGAUUAUUAGACUAUAUUCCUGGAUCAUUAGAUGAAUGGCUUAGAUUACUAAGACUUGAAGAAUAUGGAUCAGCGUUAGAAGCUCAAGGUUAUUCCACAAUAGAUGAUGUAACUCAGUUGACAUGGGAAGACUUAGAAGAUAUUGGAAUAGUCAAACUUGGGCAUCAAAAAAGAUUAUUACUAGCAAUUAAACGAGUAAAGGAUAUUAAAGCUGGAAAAUCAUUUGUUCCUCAUUCUCCAUAUAUUAUUCAAACUCAAGCCUGCAUCGAGUCGCCAUUAAGCAUUGUAAGCAGCAGUUCUGGAUGUGGAACGAGUAUCACUAACAUAAGUUGCGGUACGGGCAGUGUUGAACUUGAUUUGCCACGUGUUCAUGCCACGUAUCACAGCUUUCAUCAACCUUGGGAAUUAGAGAGUAGCAAACAACUAUAUUGCCAAACAGAUAUUGUUCCCAUCAAGCUUAGAGGAACACAUCGUGGCAAAUCAUUGGAAAGUCUACAUGAAAAUAUAAAUUCAACGAGUGGAGGUACAAGUAGCUUUGUUGGUCCUCCGCAGUGGAGACAUCAGCAAAAAAGUUUUGAAGAUGGUGAUUUAACACCAACAAACGAAACAUCUAUUCUUCAUGAAUGUGGUGGUACACUACCUAGACCAAGAGGACUAGUUAAGCCAAGAUUAAUAGCUAAAGUCCCCGCUUUAUUAACUCAAAAUAUAGAAGACUGUUCAGGAUUAAAUACGUUGAAACGUAGACCACCAUCGCCACCUAAACGGCAACAGUCUUGUGAAGAUAACAAAAAGUGUCAUCAAGUAACUGUUGUUGCUGAUCUACAUUGUAUUCCAACGUUACAAUCUAAAUCUUUAGGCAAAUGGACUACAGACAAUAUGUCUCCUAAACAUAACUUGGAGGAUCAUAUUGGAUCAAAUGCAAGCUUUAAAUCAAAUUCAAGUACUGAAUCAGAUACUAUUCCAUUUGCCAAUGAAAAUGCUGGCACAAUUAAACAGAGAACUAUCAGAUCUACAAAUGAAUUAAUUCAACCCAUGCUAGCUGAAGGAUCUCAUUAUACAACUUCAAGUUAUUCAAUGCACUCAACAACAAGUCAAUUUUCGUUAAUGCCUCCAAGUGGAAAAAAGGAGCCAGCAGAUGUACUCAAUGACAUCGGAAAUAUGUUAGCCAAUUUAACUGAUGAAUUAGAUGCCAUGUUAGAAGAAGAAAAAAGACAAGGUCUCAAUGAUUAA